AACACACACAUACCUGUGUGUGUGUGUGUGUGUGUGUGUGUGUGUGUGUGUGCACGUCUGUGUGGUUACUGGAAAUCGGCGGUUUGUGUUUUAUGUGUAGGAGUGGUAGUAUUGCUAGGAAAUUGUGUGUGUGUGCAUAUGUAUGUGUGUGUGUGUGUGUAUUGUGUGUCAUAUUGACAGUGGUAAUACGGGACAGGAAGAGGCGGAGCUAUGCAUGUGGUUAAGUUCCUGCUUUACACUGCCGUAUUUGCUAGUUUCCUUUUUGAAUGAAAGCCAUGUGGCUGAGUCUGUGGAUUUCUUUCUUUUUUUUGAUCGAUCAGCACAUCGGCUUUGAGUAUAAAAGCGCUGGUUGCAAAAAAGAAAGGGGGGGGGGGGGGGAAAGUGUAAUAUUUUGGGUAUUUUUGAACGGAACAGUCACACAAAGUUUAAGUAUCCGUCUUCCGGUUAAGGUUCAUGUGGCAGUUUCGGCGCGAUGUGUCACGUCUUCAGGUUCAUUCGAGUUUUGCCGUGCUUCGUAUACUGAAAUGACUUUCAUCCAGACGGUGGAAUGGCUUUGACCUGAAACCGUGGGGUGAAUCCACACUGUUUUUGGUUUGUCGUUCUUCUGAAAUAAAAUCGCUAACUUGGAGCGUCUUUUGGGUUGUAGUUUUAAAAAAAAAACAAAACAACAAGAAAAGAACCAAGUAACCAUAACAACGGCAAUCCUAGCGAUCAUGCUGCCGCGAUAUCGAUUUUUUUCCCCCUGAUCGUGAGUUUUAAAAUAUCACGAUAAACACUGUGAUUAAGGAGAGUAGAGGAGGGUGUGAUGAUAUUAGCUGCGCAGUCGGGAGCCGUGGCAGAUUUCGGGCGAUUCUGAAGCAUGAACAGCAAAAAAAAAAAAAAAAAAGAUGUAACGGUACAUUUUCAGUGUCAUCCCGUGACGGCUAUCUAAUGUCAACAUGGCCGAAAUCCUCACUGUUUUUGAGCAUCUGCGCCAGUAAUGAAAAAACCAAAACGUAAACAAAAAAACUGCGUUUCGAUCACUUUCCAGCUAUCAUCACGGUGUUAAAUAUUAAAUUGCGGGGUGUUACGUUCUCCGGUGUAUUCCUGUUCGCUCUAUGUGCCACUCGUGUCGGUGGUGGGAUGGGUUUCUUUUCUCUCUUCCCCCUUCUCUAGGCCCCGCCUACUGUAUGCGUCACGUUCCGGCUUGCCACUGGAUGACCACAUCUGGAUCUCUCCUAUGCAAAAUACGUCGAUAAAGAUGGCGGUGUGGAUUCAGGCCCAGCAGCUGCAGGGUGACGCCCUGCACCAGAUGCAGUCUCUCUACGGACAGCAUUUCCCCAUAGAGGUGCGACACUACCUGUCCCAGUGGAUAGAGGGCCAACUCUGGGACUCUAUCGACCUGGAGAACCCGCAGGAGGAGUUUAAAGCCAAGCGCUUGCUGGACAGUCUAAUUCAAGAACUACAGAAAAAAGCAGAACAUCAAAUGGGAGAGGAUGGCUUUCUGCUCAAGAUCAAACUAGGCCACUACGCUUCACAGUUAAAGAGCACAUACGACCGAUGUCCGCUGGAGCUGGUGAGAUGCAUCAAACACAUUCUCUACACAGAGCAGAGACUCGUCAGGGAAGCUACUAAUUCAAGUUCUCCGUUGAGCGGGAUGAUGGACAGCAUGUCUCAGAAGUACCAGCAGAUAAACCAGGCUUUUGAGGAGCUGAGGAUCCUGACUCAGGACACGGAGAACGACUUGCGCAAGCUUCAACACAACCAGGAGUACUUCAUUAUACAGUAUCAGGAGAGUCUCCGAAUACAGGCUCAGCUUUCGAGUCUGGCCGCGCUGCCCCCCGCUGACAGACAGCUGCGAGAGCCGAGCCUGAUGAGCAAGAGAGCCACGGUUGAAGCCUGGCUCACCAGAGAAGCCAACACCCUGCAGAAAUACAGACUGGGCCUGGCAGAAAAGCACCAGAAAACACUGGCAUUGUUGCGGAAACAACAGACACUCAUACUCGACGACGAGCUGAUCCAGUGGAAGAGACGUCAGCAGCUCGCCGGCAACGGAGGACCUCACGAGGGAGGACUGGAUAUCCUGCAGUCAUGGUGUGAGAAGCUCGCAGAGACCAUUUGGCAGAAUCGGCAGCAGAUCAGGAGGGCGGAGCAUUUAAGACAGCAGCUGCCAAUCCCUGGGCCCAUAGAGGAACUUCUCAAUGAUCUCAACGGCACCAUCACUGAUAUCAUCUCGGCACUCGUCACCAGCACCUUCAUCAUAGAGAAGCAGCCACCUCAGGUGCUGAAGACUCAGACAAAGUUUGCGGCUACGGUGCGUUUGCUAGUGGGAGGAAAGCUCAACGUCCACAUGAACCCUCCUCAGGUGAAAGCCACCAUCAUCAGCGAGCAACAGGCCAAGGCGCUGCUCAAAAACGAAAACACCCGGAAUGACAGCAGUGGAGAGAUCCUGAAUAAUAACUGUGUGAUGGAGUAUCACCAGACCACAGGCACCCUGAUUGCACACUUCAGGAACAUGUCUUUGAAGAGGAUCAAGCGUUCAGACCGCCGUGGGGCAGAGUCCGUAACCGAGGAGAAGUUCACCAUCUUGUUCGAGUCACAGUUUAGUGUCGGGGGCAACGAGCUGGUUUUUCAGGUCAAGACCCUGUCUUUGCCCGUCGUGGUGAUUGUCCACGGAAGUCAGGAUAACAAUGCCACAGCCACGGUUCUAUGGGACAACGCUUUUGCUGAACCGGGCCGAGUCCCUUUCCUCGUUCCUGAUAAAGUGAUGUGGCCACAGCUGUGUGAGGCUCUCAAUAUGAAGUACAAGGCAGAGGUCCAGUCGAACCGAGGCCUGUCUGAGGAGAACCUGGUCUUCCUCGCUCAGAAGGCCUUCAGCAGCUCCAGCUCCAGCCCUGAGGAUUACCGGGGCAUGACCAUGACCUGGUCCCAGUUUAACAGAGAAAGCCUUCCAGGUAGAAACUUCACAUUCUGGCAGUGGUUUGACGGUGUCAUGGAGCUCACGAAAAAACACUUGAAGCCUCACUGGAAUGAUGGGGCGAUCUUGGGCUUCGUGAAUAAGCAGCAGGCUCAGGACAUGCUGAUGUCCAAACCUAAUGGAACGUUCCUGUUGCGCUUCAGUGACUCUGAGAUAGGAGGAAUCACCAUCGCAUGGGUGGCAGAGAAUCCCAACAAAGCAGGCGAGAGAAUGGUGUGGAACCUCAUGCCCUACACGACCAAAGACUUCUCGAUUCGCUCUCUGGCUGAUCGCAUCAGUGACCUGAACCACCUGCUGUUCCUGUACCCCGACCGACCCAAAGACGAGGUCUUCUCCAAGUACUACACCCCUCCGCUGUCGAAAGCAGUGGACGGCUACGUCAAACCGCAGAUCAAACAAGUGGUACCAGAGUUUACGACACCUAAUCCAGACCCAGCAGCAAAUCCAACCUACAUGGAUCACGCAGCAUCACCAGCUGUCAGUCACCCGCAAAACUAUGCCAUCUACCAACCAAUGACCGACAGCAUGCUGGACGGCGACGGCGACUUUGAUCUAGACGACACCAUGGAUGUAGCAAGGCACGUAGAGGAGCUGCUCCGCCGACCAAUGGAGGGCCAGUGGAGCGGCCAACAGUCGUGACCUCGCACCCUCUGACCUCUCUCCCUUAUUUCAUUACUCAUCUCUCCUUCCCUUCAUUUCCCGUCCCUUCAUUUCAUCCCUAAUGUGAAAAGCUCAGUGAUGGAUGUGGUUGCUUCUAAUUUUUUUUUUUUUCGGUCACUUAAUAUUAUUUCUCCUCUUUCCUCUCUUUCACUGUUGUUGUUUUUUUUUUUUUCCUCCGCACGUGAGCAGAACGCACACGUGUGAAAGAGAAAUGGAUGAAAAAUACUACUAGCUUUCUCUUCAGCUCAAUACUACCAAACAGUAUUGUGAAAAAAAAAGUUACACACGUGUUCCUUUGUUUAUUUUCUUCUUCUUCUUCUUUUUUUUUUUUUUUUUUUUUAGUUUUAUUGUUUUAUUCGAAGUGAAAUGAUCUGUAAACAUCAGAACGCCCGAAAUAGAACUGUACUACUGUAAAAAGGUGUUUUAUUUUCCCGCUGUUGAUAUUUUUGUCUUUUAUUUUAUACUGUGUCCAGAUUUUUAUUUUAAGGGUUUUUUUUUUUGUGUGUGUGUGUGUGUUUUUUUUUUCUGUUUUUUUUUUUUUUUUUUUUUUUUUUUUUCUUCCUAUCCCAAAAGUUCACGUGUACAACCUGUUGCACUCUGGAACAAACGCAUCUUAUUAAAAAAAAAUAAAAUGAUAAUUUUGUGAGGGAAGAAAAAAAAUGAGAUCACUGUUACCGUGGCAAUGUGCGAUCACUGUUGUUAUGUAUAUUCGAUACACUAAAAGCGUAAUUCAAUUGUGGUAGAACCAGUCAUAGUCGGCAUGUAUACAAACGUUCCUCAGCAGACUGGACAUGCAUUCUCGAUGCCUGAAUAUAUCACACACACACACACACACACACACAGUGCCGUAUCUCUCCCUCUCGCUCUGUUUCUCCAGCUGAAUAAGGGUGUGGUGAUGGAUUUGUGCGUCGGACAAACGCUGUUAUAAUGCAUGCUGUACUCUCUCUUUACCCAGAGCCGCAGGUAAACCAGUGCACUUGUUGUCAUGGUGACGUAUGCUACUCCAAUCCUGUGUCUAGUUACCGACCUAUAUCUAUCAAAGUGCAAGACGCGAACCUGCCCACCCUUACUCUCUCACUUCUUCUCUUUUUUCCGCCUGUAUGGACACUUUUUGCACACACACACACACACACACACACAUACAUACACACACACACACACACAGAGAGAGAGAGACAUUUAUACACUCAGGACAAAGAAGAAGUGCAGUGGAUGUAUUGUUCAAGCUAAAGGAAUUAACAAAAAAAAAUAUCUAUAGAUAUAGAUAGAUAUAUAUAUAUGAAUUUAUUUUUCUUUAACAUAAUUCUAUUUUAUUACUGUGGAAGCUCUCUCUAUGCUCUGUGUCCUGUGAAUGCUACCUGAACACUUGGUACUAGAAGCCUCUUGGUGCUGACUGAAACCAUUCAUUAAAGGGGCGGUUUGUCAUUUUUAAAGUCCUGCGAGGAGAAACGCAACUGCAGUGUCGCGUCCUUUUCUUCUAAAAAAAAAAAAAUAAUUAAAAAAAAAAAUAAUUAAUAAACAAAUAAAAAAUGCACAAACACACAGCUCUGUUGAAACUAUGCAUGCGGCCCUGUUUCGUCUGAGAUCAUUUCUGGUCCAGAAGAAAAAAACAAAAAACGUAAACAACCUGAAAUUAAAAAAGAAAGAAAGAAGAAUAAAAAGAAGGAAAAAAAAAGGACGAUGGCAUGCGGAUUUAUCUUCGCUUGAGCGAUUCGGUUUGUAAAGGUUUAGAAACGUUUGGGGAAAUUACAAACUGCACCUUUAAGUGAAGAAAAGAGCGAGGUCAGCAUCAGAGGGAUUUUCCUACCAAACACGGCGAUGUCGCUUUUCCUCCUCAGCUGAGCUGUUGGGUGAAUGAACGAAAGCCAUACAGCGAGCGCGCACUUCGCCACUGUGCUUCACGUGUUUCCUGUGAAUGUUCCUAAUUAACACAGUUCGAUUCACCUCAGUGUAACCUUUCGAACGUUUUCCUGCUUGUGGGAAGUUGUCUGAGGUUUUUUUUCUCCUUCAUUCUCUCUCUUUUUUUUUUUUUUUUUUUUUUUAAUUCUUAUUCUGUUUGUGAGACUGGUCAGUCUCGUCACUCGGGCGUCAGUCUGUCACACUCUAGGUGGCAGUGGACAUCGUGUGUGGGUGUGGGUGCGUCUCCGUGUACGUGUGUGUGUGUGUGUGCGCGUGAAUGUGUGUUUAUGUUUAACCCACGUCUUGUGAGUGGUCCCAUGUUGUUUUUUUUGUUGGGUUGUAGUGCUUGGAUACGUGUUUUAAAAGAAGAACAAUUGAAAAUAAAGUUUUAUAAAUAAUUUAAACUGUA